CUCAGUUUUUGUUUUCUCUUUUUAACAAAAGAGUUUGAGAGGGAAGUGAGAAGCUAGGCUAUGGUGGAGCAGCAACAGCAGAAGAAUGAUGAUGUGGAGAUGAAAUGACCGUACUGAAAAUGGCUCAACAAAGCAAAACUACCAACACCAACAAUGGCAACACUAACAACACUUCAAAUUAUUUGCAACAUCACCAACAAGUAAAGCCAACAAUGUUUCAUGAUUUCUUGGGCAUGAAAGCUACUGAUUCCCCUUUCGUUUUAGCCCCUAAGGCCACUGAUGCAAGGAUUUCAGAGGCUUCCCCUUCUGCUUCAGCCUCUGUUGGAGCUUCUUCUGGCGGUGGUGGUGCUGGCCGUGGGCUCAUCUCUUCCACCUCUGAUCUCGGUUCCGCAGAAAGACAGGUUGGGAAUCAUCUCGAGGGCAUUCCAUACUAUGGUCCAAGGAGUGAAAUAUCUGGGCCAGAAAUAAGCAAUAGAUUGGUAGGAAGUAAGAGAAGUAAUUCAGAUUCGGCCUUUAUGGGUCAUGAAUCUGUUGAGAGCUUGCAUUUGAUGAAGAUGCUUCAUAAUGGGGCCGGGGGAGAGCGACCUAAAAGGUCCAACGAGGAUGAAGUGUUCCUUGGUAUGCAGUCAAUGAGGCCUUCUUCUGCAUCUCUCAUAUUACAGCCUCACACUGGUAGCAGACUCGAAGGCAGUGCAUCCAAAUGGGAGCGGUCUAUCCCCAUGAUAGGCUCUGCAGUUCAGUAUGCUUCACGUGGUGGGCACUUUGUGCCUUUUGUGCAUCAAAUAUCUUCCAACAGGUUCAAGGAUAUAAAUGUUGGUCCUUCUGUUAUCUCUCACUCAGCUGCUGACGAAGGAUCUAGAACUGGAAUUAAAGGCCCUGGAAUUUUGAGUUCUAUUAGUGCUAGUGGUGUUCCCACUGAAAAAACCUCAUCUGGGGUAAUGCCAAGUGGGGACAGGCCAAAAUCUGGGGCUCAUAUUUCAGAUCCAGAGUCUUCAGUUCCUCCAAGUCAACAGGGAAUGACAUCUGCCAGCAGACAAAUGACCAUAUUUUAUGCUGGCCAGGCUCAUGUUUUUGAUGACGUCCAUCCGAACAAGGCAGAUGUCAUAAUGGCAUUAGCUGGAUCAAACGGAGGAUCUUGGUCGACAACCUACUCUCCUAAAUCUGCUGUGAGGCCAGUUAGUGAAAAUUAUUCACCCAGUGGGGAACCUGAAGGAGUGGGUAGCAUGGUUUUCUCACGGGAAUUUCGGGGGAGGAUAGCUGUUGCUGGUAAUACUAGUCAAGGAACUGGUUCCGGCGAACGAAUCUCAAUACAAACAGGGGUUCCUCAAGGCAUUGUUGUUAGUACAAAAGAUGCAAGAAAUCCAGUUCAAGCAGCAGAACCUACUACUGAAGAUAUAAGAGACGUAUAAAGUUUUAAGCAAGUUCGAAAUAGAUUCAAAUCUAUUGGCCAUGCUUAUUAGGAAGAACGAGCCAUUUCUUGUUUAUGUCAUCAAUGCUUUAACUUUUUUUUUUUUUUGAAUUUUCUGGCAUUAUUAUCAUUAUUAACUUUUUUAGAAGUAAAGAGAGGGUGGGGUUUUGGGGGGAGAUGG